AUGAAGACCUCAUCUAUCCUUGCCGCUUGCGCAUCUGGUCUUGCCGUACAGGCAUUCAGCGUCCCGAGAAUUGCCCAGAAUGCAGCCCAGCAAGUGCAGGGCUUCAUGUCGCCUGAGCAGUACCUGAUCGAGCUUGCUCCUGGCGAGACCAAGUGGGUGACGGAUGCUGAGAAGUGGGCACUGAGAAGGGGCAUCUCUUUCUUCGAUAUCACCGACACACCAGACUUGGGUUCUGUGCCCAAGACCAAUGCCGCUGUCAAGUUCCCAGCUCACACCGAACACAACACGACUGUCAAGAGUCUCGCCCGCAACUUGACCAAGUCGAACAUGCACGACCACCUCGAGACGUUCACCUCCUUCCACACACGCUACUACAAGAGUGAAUAUGGCGCCAAGUCAUCAUUCUGGCUGCUGGGCCAGGUCAACGACACUCUGGCCCACGCUGGAGCUUUGAAGCACGGUGCAAGCGUCAAGCACUUUGAACACGCUUGGGGCCAGAACUCUAUCAUUGCCACUCUCCCUGGCAAGACAAACAAGACCGUCGUCAUCGGCGCCCAUCAGGACAGCAUCAACCUGUUCUUCCCCUCGCUUCUUGCUGCGCCCGGCGCUGAUGAUGAUGGUUCUGGUACUGUCACAAUUCUCGAGGCACUCCGUGUUCUGUUGCUCAACCAGGACAUCGUCCAAGGCAAGCAGGACAACACUGUUGAGUUUCACUGGUACAGUGCCGAAGAGGGCGGUCUGCUCGGAUCUCAGGCUAUCUUCCAAACAUACGAGAAGGCUGGUCGCGAUGUCAAGGCCAUGCUCCAGCAGGACAUGACUGGUUACGUUCAGAAGACUCUUGAUGCAGGCGAGCCCGAGAGCGUUGGCGUCAUCACCGACUUUGUCGACCCUGGUCUCACCGAGUUCAUCAAGAAGGUUGUCACCACAUACUGCGACAUCCCUUACGUCCUAACCAAGUGUGGCUAUGCAUGCUCUGACCACGCCAGUGCUAGCAAGGCCGGCUACCCCAGUGCCUUCGUCAUUGAGAGUGACUUCAAGUACAGCGACAACAAGAUCCAUACCACUGAGGACAAGAUUGAGUACUUGAACUUUGAUCACAUGCUCCAGCAUGCGAAGCUCACUCUUGGUCUUGCCUUUGAGCUUGCCUUCGCCAAGUUCUGA